GACAACGUUUGCUGGGAGCUCUCAGUCUCCGGAGUGAGUGGAUUCAGUCCAUGCUGUAAUGUGCUGACUGCGUGUGUGUAAUGGAGAGAUUCAGGAAGAGAUGGUUCCUCAUCUCCGUCCUGCUUGGAUGUCUCCAGGCAGGAGCCAGCCAGACAUCUCACUGUAAGUCUGUUCCUGGCACCAUCUACGAAUACCAGGCGAUGGCUUUAAAUGGGAGCAGGAACAUCCAUUUAAGUGAAUACAGGGGGAAAACUGUGCUGAUCGUCAACGUGGCGACGUUCUGAGGAUUGACACAACAGUACGUUGAACUGAAUGCACUACACACAGAGAUGGAACCCCUUAGUUUCACAAUCCUCGCCUUCCCUUGCAACCAGUUUGGAAAACAGGAGCCAGGAAAGAAUGAGGAGAUAUACCCCUUGUUGAAGUAUAUCCGUCCUGGGGGGGGCUACGUGCCCAAGUUUCAGCUAUUCCAGAAGGGUGACGUGAACGGCGAGAACGAGCAGGCCCUGUUCACCUACCUGAAGAGAUCCUGUCCCCCGGUGGGUGACAGUUUUGGUGACCCUGACAGACUCUACUGGAAGCCGCUCAAAAUGUCUGACAUCAAGUGGAACUUUGAGAAGUUUCUCAUCGGCCCCGACGGCAAACCCGUGCGGCGGUGGCACCCCAGACUGCCCGUGUCCAUGGUCAAGCAGGACAUUGUCCAGUACUUACGCACCCUGCACCACCUAGAACGGCCCACCUAAAUGCUGCCCCACACACUUUGCCCAUAUCCUCAGACAAUGGUUCAAUUUAGCUCAGUGAGUUUCUACCUCCUCACCUCUUCCACUGCUCUGCCUCCUAUCUCCCCAGCUCUUUCUCGGUACCUCCCUCCAUCCCACUCUCCCUCUUCUUCCUCUCCUUCUGAACUUCUCUCUCUCCACAGAUCCAUAUUUAUUCCCAUAUAGGUUCCAAUCCUCUUUCCUUGUUUUUCCCUACAUCUCUCAACCACCUUGCCCUCUCUCCUCUCUCACCCUUCUAUUUUCCCACCCACGUAUCCCUUCUCCCCUACAUCCUUCCCCUUCUUCCCCUUCUUCCUCCUUCCCCCUUUCUCUUCAUCUCAGAUCUCUUCACUCUCCUUUUUCAUUCCAUUUUAAGGCCCCUGCGCCCUUUCAACCUCCCUCCCUCCUGCCCUCACAUGGUCCGUUACCAUGAACGGCUCGAGAACUGAUACCGGGAGAGUCUCUGGUCACACCCUCCUCCCCCACAAAGCACCACGCUCCCUCGGCCAAAUCGAACCAUUGUCCGAUGCAUGUGAAAAACCUGUAGUGUCAGCUGCUUUUCCCCUUGCUUUCCUCUGAGUUCCCACACAAGCCCCAGGGCUGGGGAAGGGGGUAGGAAGUUGACGGGAAGACAACAGCAGGAUGACGAUCAGAUCUACAAGCAGCCUUGGCGGCCAGUUCUGGUCUGAAGUUGCGCCGAGUUUGGGUCAGGCUCUUGUGCAUUCGAGCUUCUCGUAACUCCGCGCGGGCUACAUUGUCUCUCAGUCUACUACCCCUCCACCCCUCCUGUUGCAAUCCAGCAAGCUGAUGGAAUUUAACAAUAAACCACCCUAUUGCCAA